CCAGUAUCCAUGUGUCUAUCACUAGCUGUUCCCCAUGCUUCAGCCCUGCAGACAUCACACUGCGUUUCCCCAGCAGACAGCACACUUCCCUUCCCUACACUCUCUUACAGCAUUCCACCCAAGCGCAGCUCUCCUGCACCCCCACCCCCUGACAACAACCCUCUCCAAUUGCAAAGCUUUCAGUUUGAUAGCUCUGCACCUUUCCUCCACUUUAGCCACAAUUCUAUAUUCCAAUCUCCCCCUGCCUGCUCGGUAUGGGUCCUUCUCACAUGCUGUCACGUGGUGCCGUGACAACGUCACUCACUGCUGCUUCAGGCACAAGAGUCGCACGCUCUGUCCAUAUGACUUCAGUCGUGUCCGCCCACAUCUUGGUCACAUGACUUUGACAUCACGACUUCCUGAAGUCACUCCGUUCUGGUAUCCCAAGCAGAAUUGUGCUGCUGAAGUCCUGGCUGUGGAGCCUGCGAGCUGGGGAGACAGUGUAGCCUCAUUUCUGUGCCCUGCAAAGAUUAGAAUGCAUUUGGGAGAGUGAUAUUACCUUCAAAAUGGAGUGGCUUUUAGAAGCAGUCAAGAAAGAACUGAACAUUGAUUCAAGGCAGCUUAUAAUAGCGGAAGAGGGAACCCACGUUAUCGCCCUGGUGUCACAGAAAUGGCUGGCAAGCAUUAAAGAGCGCCGAGCAGUCUCUACACAGUGCCCAAAACCGGAAGGGUUCAGCCGUGUGGAAAUACAGACAUUCCUUCAAAGAUCUGUGCAUAAGUUACCAGUUGGCUGGACUAGAAUUGAAAUCCAUGGGGUGAGAAAAGAAAGAUUGGCCUACCCCGUAGCACUGAAUGAUUGCUUUCUAGAGGGAAAGAAUAUUGAUUCUGAAUCUCUCAUCAGGUUUAUGCAGUGCAUCGCUGUUCAGAACUACAGUAACAUGUGGAACGCGGCCUGUAGGACUUAUGUACAGCCAUACGAAAGCAUGCAUAAAGUGCCAAGCAUUCAAGCAUUGGACGUGCUAAAGUUGUCCCUUCAGAGGGUUUAUGGUUGCCCCUUUAUUUUUAUAAAUAAAGCGGCACCAAGUUUAUCUCCUUCUAAAGAAGGAGCAAGUUUUGUAUUAGGUGCACCAUCCAGUUCCAAUAUUGUCCAAGCUGAAGCUCUGCUGGAAUCUGGAUCUAUGUUAUAUAUCAUUUUACCUUGUAUACCAUAUUCCUUAUAUGAUGUGGUCACAUUUAGUCCAGCUAAACUUGCAAACAGUCAUGCUAAAGUGCUCUUUAUCUUGUACAAUAUACUGCAGGCUCUAAAGGCGUGCCAUCAAGGGGGGCUGUCAAGUGGGGCGUUAACAUUACGUAAUGUGUUAGUCGAUGAGAAACUGUGCAGCCAGUUGAGGCCUAACUUUAUUGACUAUGAAAGAGAGUGUAGAAGCACAAAGGUGGAAGAAAAUAUUAAUACAAAUCAACUUGGGACUGUGGGGUUAUGCAUGUGUUGUAACAAGGAGUUAAAGCAGAUGGUAAUAGACUGGAUUCAUGGCAGAAUCGCCAACUUUGACUAUCUUAUGUAUCUGAAUAAGCUGGCUGGUAGACGUGCAGGCGAUCCCAACUACCACCCAGUAUUGCCUUGGGUUGUAGAUUUCACUACCAAGAACGGAAAGUUUAGAGACCUUAGGAAAUCUAAGUUUCGCUUAAACAAGGGAGACAAGCAGCUGGAUUUUACCUAUGAGAUGACCAAACAAGCAUUUGUAGCUGGAGGAAGCAGUUCAGAUCACCUGCAUGUUCCUCAUCACAUUUCCGAUGUUCUGUCUGACAUAACAUACUAUGUGUACAAGGCUAGGAGGACACCAAAGACUGUGCUUUGCAACCACGUCCGAUCUCAGUGGGAACCAAAUGAGUACCCUGCAAGCAUGGAGCGAAUGCAAGGCUGGACUCCUGAUGAGUGCAUUCCAGAGUUUUACACAGACCCCACCAUUUUUAAAUCUAUACACUCUGACAUGCCAGACCUUGAAAUACCAUCAUGGUGCAGUUCAUAUGAGGACUUUAUUCAUGUCCACCGUGCUCUUUUGGAGAGCCGAGAUGUAUCCCAGGAUCUUCACCACUGGAUAGAUCUUACUUUUGGGUACAAAUUAACUGGGAAAAAUGCACUCAUGGAAAAAAAUGUUUGCCUUCAUUUAGUGGAUAAUCAUACUAACUUGACUUGUUUUGGAGUGGUUCAGCUUUUUGAUCAGCCACAUCCUAAGCGCUUAUUAGGCCCUUGUUGCCCGUCUUUCGAACCCCCUGCCAUCUUGUCUACUCAAAACAUAAGCCAAAUGAGUGAAUGGAAAGAUGAACAAACAAGCAAUGGAAUCAAUGGACCGGUAAUAGAGGCCAUGGUAUGUGAGGCUAUUUGGAAUACUGACAAAUUGUGUGCAGUGGAUGAAGAACUGGAACAAGGAACUGAAGCUCUUGACUCAUUGGGCAUUGCAGGAAAAGGCAAUGAUCAAGUAUGCAUCCCCUCUGUUCAGGUUACUAGUACCAGUACAUUCCAAGGGGAAACCCGACCUCCAGGCAGUAAGUCAAAUCGAAUAAGCAGGCUCACAACUAACGCAGAGGAAAGUGAAAGGAAACUCUUACUUCCUGAAAGCUUCAAUCCUGUUCAAGCCCUUGAAGAACUAGAAAAACUGGACAACUUUUUACUUCGGGGCUUACACAGUACCUUACUGCCCGUUCAAAAAUCUUCUAAAAUAUGUCCACUUAGUCUUUUGGAUCUUUUUCAAAGAGAUAUGCAGGCCUUGGGUGUCAUGAUUGCAGAGAUUGUUUUUGCAGGAAAGAUUCAUACCAUGGCACCAAAAACAUCCUUGUUAGAACGAUAUAUUUUAGUACGUAAUCUUAGCAGACAUCAUCCAAAGGACAUUCCACUUCCCCUUUUGCAGAUGCUUGAGUCAUUACUGCAACUGCACACACCAGAAGAAGAACUUCUUAAAGAUAAUGGGGAACAUAAAGGAGCCCUGCUUUUUGAGUUUUCACACAUUUCAAAAGGUCUUCCCCCACCUUCUCCUUCAUUACUCCUCAGUCCUUUAUGCUCCAUUAUCCCUUUUCCUACAUACUUUCCAAAUCUGCACAAAUUCAUCCUAACAUACCAAUCAAGAAGAACUGAAGAUGAGAGUCAAGGCCGGGAGCUAGUAUUUCAGCUGUGGCAGCAAAUUGAUGGUAUCCUCUGUGAUAUUAACCCUGAAGGAUUAGAGAUUCUGCUGCCUUUUGUCUUGUCUUUGAUGACUGAAGAAAGCACAGCAGUUUAUGCUGCAUGGUAUCUCUUUGAACCAGUAGCCAAGGCUUUGGGCCCUAAAAAUUCAAACAAAUACCUGCUGAAACCACUUAUAGGGUCAUAUGAAAAUCCUUCACAUCUUAAUGGAAGAUUUUACCUAUAUACAGAUUGCUUUGUUGCACAACUGAUUGUACGUUUGGGCUUACAGGCAUUCCUGUCUAAUUUGCUUAACCACGUUCUUCAGAUACUUAUUGGACUGGAGACCUCAGGGGAUGAGAGGAAGUUGCUGUCAGGAGGAGCUGAAGAUGAAGAGAGUGGUGGUGAUAGCCCUGUAUCAUGCAACUUUGGAGAGGCAAGACAAACCAGUAUGGAUCAAAGUGCAUCCUCUCAUGAGCUCCUGGACUAUACCUCUGGAGUCACUUUCCAUGAUCAGGGUUACCUAGCAGAAAAUGAGGAUUUUCAGGGUACUCUUUAUGUAAGUGACCCACUUCAACCACAAGAGCCAGAGUCACUUAGUUUGGGGAGGUUAAGUGACAAGAGCAGCGCAAGUGAAGUCUCCCUUGGGGAUGAAAAAGUUACAGACAGUGAUUCACUAAAAGAGAAGGGGAGCUUACAAUCUGGAGACAGCAGUCAGGAUUUGAAACAGAGUGAAGAAUCUGAAGAAGAAGAGGAAAGGGAACGCUCUCCUGGGCUCUCUGAGUUAACAUUGUCUGUCAACACUGACAUUUCUGUGGAUACAGUCCUAGCCAGUGAAAGCAGAGAAGACGAGGAAGAAGAGCAUGAUCUAAAUAACCAAACAGAGGAAAAAGAGCAAAAGAUUGUAAUAGACACUGCAUGUAAGAUGGUGAGGUGGCUCUCGGCCAAACUUGGUCCAACAGUGACCUCUCGUUACAUUGCCCGGAAUCUGCUGAGAUUGCUGACAUCCUGUUAUGUUGGUCCCCAGCGACAACAGUUUAUGGCUAACAUGGACGAGAACAGCCCAAUAAAUGUUAAGAAGCGAGUGUGUGGGGACCAGGUGUCUAAACCGGUGUUGGACUGUCUCAUGUAUUUGGCUCAUCUAUAUGGAGAACCAUUCCUUACAUAUCAGUAUCUACCUUACAUCAGCUACUUGGUGGCUCCCACCAGUGGCUGCAGACUGAAUAGCCGCAAGGAAGCCAGUCUAUUAGCUGCUGUGACUCUGACCCAGAAGAUCAUUGUUUAUCUCUCAGACACUACUUUGAUGGACAUUCUGCCCAAGAUUAACCAGGAUGUUCUACUACCUGUUCUCAGCUUCUUGACUUCAGCCACUGUUGGGUUUCCCAGUGGUGCACAGGCCCGUGUAGCUCUGUGUGUGAAGUGCAGCAGUCUGCUUUCUCUGAUCUGCUUAAGGAUCGGACGAGAGAUGGUCCAGCAGCACCUUGGUGAUACUCUCAGAAUUUUCUUCAGCAACUUUACAUUACUGCAGGAACUCCAUGAACAGGGCCUAGUCAUGGAGAACCAGGAAAGCUUGGAGCCAGUGGUACAGCAUGUACAGUGCAAGGAUGGAAGCUCCCUGCCCGUUGAUUUGAGUUUGCUUGAUGAGCUGGAGAAAGUAUACAAUGCGGAAAUGGCCUAUGCCACCUAUAUCCCCUUCUCGUGCCUUAUAGGUGAUGGCAUUGGUCAGUUGAUCCCUAACCAUGAUUUGAUUUGGAAACUAACAAUGGUUUAUCAGGAUGCAGUGAUCCCAAAAGACAUUGAAAGUCCAGCAGCACCAUUGUCAUCCAGUUCAAGGAUAGGCUCUUCCUUCUACACUGCAGAUGAUGACGGUCAGUCGGGUACAUUUGGCAGUGUUCUGGUAGGCAACAGGAUUCAAGUACCUAAAGACACCCAGUAUCCUAUGUCCAAGUCGACAUGUUGCAGUCCUGUGAUGGAAAACUUUCAGUGUGACGAAAACGCUUUCAAGCAGGACCUUCAAAAAAGCGCCCAAGGGCUAUGUGGUAACUGGCUGGCAUACUGGCAAUAUGAAAUUGGGGUCAGUCAACAGGAACCCCACUUCUGUUUCCACCAAAUUAAACUGCAGAGCUUUGUGGGUCACUCUGGCGCCAUCAAAUGUGUCAAACCACUGAGUGGAGAAGAUUUCUUCUUGAGCGGCAGCAAGGACAAAACUGUCCGCUUGUGGCCUUUGUACAACUACGGAGAUGGCACCAGAGAUAUAGAAGCCCGACACAUCUAUGCAGAGCACAAGAGGUCUGUCUUCUACGUGGGUCAGCUGGAGUCUGUGCAGCAGCUGGUGAGCUGUGAUGGAGCUGUCCAUAUAUGGGACCAAUAUACAGGUAAGAACAUUCGAACCUAUGAAGCUGCAGAUACCAAAUUACCAAUCACUGCUGUGGCCACCAUGCCACCGCCUUAUUGCAGUGUGACUGUGGGAAGUGCUGACUCCAUCCUUCGCUUUAUUGAUCUCCGGAAACCAGGACUGCAGCAUGAAUUUAAGCUAGCCAGUAAUGUGAAUGCCGGCCUUAUCCGAUACUUGGCGGUCAGCCCAAAUGGACGCAGCGUUGUAGCGGGUUAUUCUUCGGGGUUUAUCAUUCUGCUGGACACCAGAACUGGGCUGGUCCUAAGAGGCUGGCCGGCCCAUGAAGGAGAUAUCCUGCAGAUGAAGGCAGCAGAUGGAAACAUUGUGGUGAGUUCCUCCACUGAUCACUCCCUAACAGUCUGGAAGGAGCUGGAGCAGAAACCUUUGCAUCAAUUCAAGUCCAACUCUGACCCGAUCCACGUGUUCGACUUGUACGGAAGUGAGAUUGUAACCGGCACUGUGGCAAAUAAGAUCGGCAUCUACUCCAUGCUGGAUUCUUCAGCCCUGCCCAACAGUUCAACUAAACUUAGCACUGAGAACUUCAGGGGAACCUUGACCAAUCUUGCUGUCCUUCCUACCAAAAGACUUCUGCUUCUAGGUUCAGACAAUGGAGUCGUACGGCUUCUGGCUUGACCAAUUUCAUUUUGGUAUAACUUUCAUAUAAACAAGGAUGGUAGAUCUAAA